AUGGCUUUCUUCAGCCUCAUCGUCUUACCUGCCACUACUCUAGUCGUCCAUGCAGUACCAGUAGAACUGGACCAGGUUGAAUCUACCCAUUCCCAAGGCUGGAACAAAGAAGCUAUAUUCACGCUCGUCGAUGUCUUCCUCGCUCUUUUAGCCAUCGUUGUCAUGGUCAUCCUCGCUCUACCCUCGGUGCGCAGGUGGUUUACUAGAGCAAGAAGCGACACCGAAUUGGCUUCCAUGGAGGGCGCAGCUUGGGAAGAGUACAUGGAAGCGAAGAAGAAGACCCUCGUGCUGCGCAAGAAGUGGGAGGAAUCGAUUAGGCCGCGACAUGCGUAG